AUGUACCGUUUAUUUGGACGAGAUUACGCUACUUUAAACCGGUUUGGUCCAUUACAAAGUAUUAAGAAACGUGGAUGCCUUAUAAAAACAACUGAAUUCAAAGUUAUCGCAUGUCCAAAUAAACAGUUUAAUGAUUGGGAAAAGAACUUAAAAAUUUCAUUAUUUUGUAAUCAUAGGUGGACAAUUGUGGAGGCUAUUUUUCCUCAUACAUUUAAUAUGCUGCCCCAAAAGUUCAUGAGAAUGGAGAAUACACUGAUAUGCAGAGCCAACCAAAAAGAACCUAGUCUACAAGAAUUUGAGAAUGCCAGCUCCAUUCGAUUCAUGUCGUGUUUAUUUGAUAUGCAUAUGUUUUUACAUUGCCUACCACUUUAUCAAGAAAGUUUAAAUUUAGUGGACUGCCCCAAUGAUAGCUUUUUGGCUGCUUUUGAAGACUCAAGAUAUCGCAACAAGUUACUCUUCCCUUUGGUAUUAAAUCUGAAUAGGUUCUUCUCAGUUAAAGUUCCUACAGAAGUGGAGCUAGAAAUACAGAUAGACAAUGUCAAACAGAGUGAUCAUGUCUAUUCAGAAGAUAAAUGA